CGUCCAUGUGGAAACAGAAGACAUCAAGCCGGAUUUAGCCAGUCUCAUUCCUUCCGAACCGAUUGACCAUAACGUCGCCGGUAUGAUGAUUAGGUCCGAGAUGACAGGUAAUAUGGAUCGUUUGCUGAAUGGACGAACGAACGGAACGGUGUACAAAUCGACGGUGCAAGUAUCAUACAUCUGCAAAAUUUGCCUGGUUGGGUAUGGAAAAAAUGUAAUCGAAGAUCUGUGUGUUUUUUUUCUUCUAUCGAACGUUUUGACAUUUCGUGACAUUUGUGACGGAUACAGUGCACACACACGCAUGCAGCCACAGCGCAGUUCUAUUUUUAGCGCUGUCAAAAGCUUGGCGUACUUGAUUGCGUUUCAGUGUGAGGAUAGGAUCGUUUUCUCGUGGCAAACUUGGUAGCCUAAUAACACGCAGGCGAGACAAGUUGAAGGUUCGAAUCUGAAUACCGGUCGUGUGAGGUUUGUGAUUCCUUUCUAUUGCCGACGGGGGUACACGUUGAAAACAGCUGAUUACGUUUAGCCCCGGAUUUUGGUCACAAAUCAGAAAGGUUUUUGCGUAUUACGUACUACUCUACGUGCUGCCAACCCCGCGUUCGGCUAGGAGGGGCUGUGCAGAGGAGGAAAAAGGUGUCUCGUAUGAAAUUAUUUUGCUGCCAGGAGGCAGGGAGAAAGACAUAGUGCCAAAAAAAUAGAACCCGGAAAAGUGCCUCUUUUGCUGUUGCUACUACGACUUCCGCUGCUACUUCUGCCCGCACUCCUAACGCCAGCUCGAUUUCCGUCACUUUUUACACCGGUACACGCAGACCCAUUCAUCUCCCCCGCCUCUAUCAACGGUGGGGAGCACAGUGAUAACAACAAACUGUGAACUAGUGAGCGACAUUACAUUACAACACCGCAAUGCCUAUUUCAUCAAAGAAGGCACAGCAAUCUGCUGCUGCAGCCGCAGGUACUGCAAGCACAAGCGGAACAGGAGGCAGUGCCUACUUUCGUCGGAAAAAAAUAGUGCCCGCUGUGGUGGCGAGAAAAAUCAGUAACAACAAUACAAAGAACACGGCCAAAAUUGCAUCAUGCAAGGAAAUUUCAACGAAUGUUCCUACCCAUGAAGAAUCAAGUGCCACACUGAAAGAAGCAACCGAAACGGUCGAUUUGCAGCAGCAAACUUCACAACCUUUGGAAGCUGUGGCAGAUGUUACUUUAAACAAACCCACAUUACAAGCGGAAGAAUCGAAAGGUGUAAAAAUGCCGGAAGCACAAAAAAGCAAUACCACCACCAAACCGCCGGCUGCGUUCCGGCGAAUAAAACCGAAAGUUGUAAUACCGCAAACACAAAAACCGGCUAAAUCUAUUCUGAAAAAUCCCACGACACCGGUGAAGGGAAACUCCGGCACGGAAUGUACGGAUGUUGGCGAAAGCUCGAAUGAAACGUCAGUUAAAAAUGAUUCAAAGUUAGCUGCACAUGGUGAAAUUAUUGCUGAAAAGGAUCUUCCAAAACAAACUCCCCAAAGUGAAGAAUCGGUAAAAUCCAAACAAGAAACAUCGGUGAAUCAAUCAAAAUCAAUACAACCGACAGACAAGAAUGAGCUUGAUCCUGUUUUAAGUAAAACCAAUGUUAAUAUUGAGGGUAUGAUCACUCCUCAAACUUCCGAACAGGUUGCCAAUGCCGACGAAGUAAAAAAGUGUCCCGAUGUACAAAACUCUUCGACAUUGGAAAAGGGACAAUCGAAUAGUUCCGUACCGGUGGUAUCAUUACAGACAACUUCCAUUCCACUCGGUAAAAUGGAUAACGUUACAUCUGUUUCUAUUCCGCCCGCUGAAGAUACCAGCAAGCAACACAUUCCCGAAAGCACUCCCAACAAUGCAAAAGCGGCAACAGCAACUAAAACCAUUAAACGUACUAUUAGCUUGAGCACACUAUCACCAGAAAUAGCGAACAUGCUAAAGAGUAGCCUUGGUAAGAAACCGACAAAAGGAACAAAGUCACUGCAAGCCAAUAAGGCAACUGUAUCGAAACAAUCGGAACAUUCUAAACCACUUCCAAGCGUUAGUUUGCUUCCAAAAGCAUCACAAGCAAAUCAAGAAAAUCAAACUCAAACACAGCUAGUUGUAGCACCGUCCGAUAAACCGAAGUCCAUCGAAGACAAUGUUACUGUUCCAUCAGCAGGAGACCGUUUGUCAGUGCUUGAAAAUCGUGUCGAUAAUAUUGCAUCUAAAGAAACAAUCGUUACGAAGCCAAAAUCACCUGUUAAGCCUGCCUCUUCACCCGCAAAACUGCCAGCUAGUGGACAGAUUACUGGUGUUAAAAAAAUACAAAAAGUACACCAACUUACGGCCGAACAGCAGCGAUUGGUGCUUAAUAGUUUAAAGAAAGGAAAAGUCAAACGAUCGGUGAAGAUGCCAGAUGUCGCUUCGGUUACAAAGGAUAAUAAUGUGGCUACUGCUCAGGAGCCGAUUAAAAGUACUACAAAUGCAUUGUCAAAUGAGUCUACGGUUUUACCGACUGUUAUUAUACCACCCACACCGACAGUGUCCAGUGUUCCGAAGGACGAACACAGGGUAAAUAUUAUUUCACACAUAAUUCUGCCCCGUCUUACGGUUUCUUCGCCUGGAGAAGCGGCAAAGCAGAGCGUGUUUAAUGCUUCGGAUCUUUCCGUCACGGUUCCUGCUGCGUCACAUAGCUCACCAACCGCUGUACCGACAGCACCAUCACAACAACUUACGGGGUUCAUGGCAGGGACCUCUUCUACGCUCUCUUCGAAUAAUUCUAACCAAUACCCAAAACUGUUUAUUUGCCAUAAGCCUGCACCCGCUGUAGCAUUUGGUGGUGAAACCAUGUCAUCGCCGAUCCUGCAACAAUUUCCUACUCCCGCUAGUCCAGUUGAAGCAAGAUGUCAGUUGAUUCAACCUUCCGUUAGUGUUACCGUGCUACCGACAACUAAUCAUCCAGUUCCCGGUUAUCCGAGUAACUCCGUACCGUCGAGACCUUAUUUCCUUCCCACGCCGGUCGUAACCGUUCAGCCAACAACCCCGAAACAUACAGCUUACGCAAAUACUGCUCAUACUUCUCCUCUGCCGACACCAAUCAUUUCCGUGACCGUUUCGCCUAUGGGCAGCAGUAGUUCAUCGGCCACCCCGGUGAAAGUACGGGUUGAUCCUCGCAUCGUGCCCAAGAUCGUGAUCGAUGGAUGUGAUGCAAACGAUCACGACAGUCAAUCUUCGCUCACUUCUACUUCAUCGUCAUCUUCGUCGGUUCAAGCAACACCCGCGCUAAAGAAAGAAUCGAACGAUCGUUCCGUUUCUAUUCAAACGAGUUCUAAAGAUCGUACGGAUGUUGGAACGGGCUGCUCACCCUAUACGCUGCACAAGUUGCGUGCAAAAUCGCUGAAAAAUUUAAGAAUGAAAAUUGGAAACAUUAUUCCGAGAGUUGUGGAUAAAAAUUCCAACCAAACGCCAAUAAGACAGUACGGUAGUGCGAGUAACUUGAAGGGCUUGAGAGGAAACACUGAAACUAAUGUUCAGCAUGAUCACACAGUGAACAGGAUCGUAGAUCGAUACAAUAAGUUGUUGGCCGAAAGCACAACCAUUAUUCCUGGUAAACCGGAACUUCCCAACGUUAGUGUUUGUGAUUCAGAACCAGCAAAAACCAACUGCGAGCAAGCAAAAGUAUUAGAGAAGAAUGAUUUUUUAGGUUUUUCCACUUCGUCCAUUGAAUGCGCGGUACGAGAUUUUAAGCAUAAGACCAGGAUGAUUGAUUCGGUUCUGGAAGCGAGACGGAAAUCGUUGGAAGAUGCAAAAGAUCAUGAAAUGGCGAUAGAAGGAAUCGAAACAGGUGCUUUAAAUGAAGGAAGCAAACGCGAGCCUACACCACCAUUGCCAAUGACGGAAGUAAUGGAAGAACCAGCAGGAGAAUCUGUUGCUAAAACUGCUUCUAAUGAUCAAAAUCGUACCGAUUCUACUGAUCCUCCUCAAGAAGAUAUACCAAGUGGCAAAAAUAAAACUUCUUCAGUACAUGAUGAAAGUGAAACUAAUACUCAAAAGAUAGAUCCUGAAGCAGCAUCUUUGCAGGAUGAAGAAGCUGCUAUUAAGAAGGUACCCAUAAAUGUCACCACUCCAAAGGAAAUAGAAUUGGCCAAAGAGCAAAUCAUCAUACUGGAUAGUGGCGAAGAGGUUGAAAAUGAGCCAAAUAAGCAAAUCACAACAGUCGAACAUGAAAAUGCCACGAAAGGUCACGAGACAAACGUACCACAGGAAAUCGUUGUUGAUGCUAAUCGAUCGGAUGAAUCGAAUAAUGAAGAUUUGGAAGCAGUUCUUGACGGGACUGCAGCUAGCGGUGAAGUAAACGAACCUUUAAAUACAGUUAAUCCGAAUGUGGAGACAACGAUGGAAGAAGAAGAUCCAACAAUUUCUGCUCCAGAAUCGAGUGACAAAACAAUGACCGGUGUCGAUGUGAUCAUGGCUAUGGCAAAGUUAAGACGCGAAAACCGCGUCCUGUCGCUGGAUGACGGAUCCGAUCGGGAAGAUAUUGGCUGGAUGGAUGAACCGAUUGCUACACCGACUAAGCUAACGACACCCCCAAACGCUGAUGAGCAGCUCGGUAAAAAGAAACGGAAAAGGCGUAGGAAAAAAAGUAGAGACAAAUUUGUGGAACUGUUACUUAAGCACGUAAACUAUGACACGCUCAUAGAGGAUUUGGUGAAUCAAGAGAAACGACGCUGCAAUUACGUUUCGUCAUCAGACGAGGAAGUGCGUACCAUUUCUCCCUUGCAACGUUACAUCCGAGAGCAAGAACGGGAACAAGAACGAUCAGCGGCGAUCGUGGAGGCGAGCGAUUAUUUAUCAACCCCAACGAUAACAUCCGAGGACGACGAAUCGUUGGUAGAAGAAACGAUUUUAAAUCGCAUUCUUAGCAAACGUGCUUGCGUUUCUGCUGCGCAUGAUGUUUCUAGCACCCCUUUACAGAUCGAACAAACGGCGGUAUGUAGUGGUACACCACAAAAAGUCAUUUGUGCCGACAGUGAUGAUGGUACAUUAUCACCCGGUGUACCAGAUGAACAAGGAGAUGACGUAGAGCGUUCCAACAUCUGUGAUAAAGCGGCCGAAGAUGCUGCAGCAGGAACUAACAAAGCGCCAACCUUACGAGAACUGUCCGAUAUUGAAAUGGAGAUCGUCGAUCCAAUUCCUCUGGCUACCGAUGAUUUUAGCCUUGAUGAGCGCUACAAAAGCUGUGAUAAAAUCGUAACAAAUGCCGCAACCUGUGAUACACCAAGCGGUGCUUUAGUUGAAGAAGAAGCAAUUGAAGCAAGUUCUUCACUGUCGAAGGUAGUCAAAACGAUCAAUACUCACGCGGAACAAGUACAACUUCAGCGUCGUACGAGGCGAACGCUUUUGAGGCGAGCUAGUUGCAGGAAGCGACCCCCCGCUAAACGGUUAGCGACGAGAAUGGUCAGUUACGCGAACAAACGGAAGAGACCGCGGUACAACAUUACUCCACCGGUUGAGAUGCCACUGUUCGAUAGCUCGGACGCAUUCAACAUCGACGAGGUAGUUUCUGACUGUUCGUCGGAUGGUUUAUCUACCGGUGAAGUGUUGGCAAAGAGCACACGAACAUCACUCCCAGCGAGAAAGCUUAGCAUGGGCAAUGGAAACGGUUCUGUUGAUGUUGAUGAAGGCGGUGUAAGGGAUGAAAGUAAAGCAAACAUAAGAGGUAAGGGUUUAUCGGUUGUUGCGGUAGCACGUGACACGUCAAAUCGACCGGGCAGGAGUAGGAAAAGCGAAAGAAGACACUCGAGCAGUAGCAACAGCAUCAGUAGCAACACCAGGCCGAAUAGUCUUAGCUGUGAUGGCGAUCUAUCGUCUAGCGAUGAAACGAAACCUGGCAGGCGGCGUAAAUUGCGGCGAAAGAAACGUUCGACGCGAGGUGGCCCGCGUGCUAACCGUGCACCGGAGGAGGUGAAGGAGGAGAAGGUGGGGACCAAUGAUGCUACCGUCGAUUAUGACACCAAACGUUCUCUGUCCACUACCACUAGUAGUAACACUAGCAAUAUACGCACUCACUUGCCCACUGCUUCCUCCAAACCUUCCAAAGCUUCCAACCUAGAUGCACAGUACGUGAUCACAGAGGUCGCGUCCAAGUCAGCGACAGCACCACCGCGCGUACUGGAUGUUAUCAACGUGCGGAACAAUCGUGUACUGUCAACCGGAGCACCUAGCACCCGCUCAAACCGUACCACGAACGUGCUGUCGAAUCCACAAGAAUCUGGAAAGGAUGCGCCGAAACGCCAUCGUAAUCGAUCGGCAAAAAAGUCGAACCAAGCAGCGAACGUUGAGAGCGAAGAAUUCAUCACCCCAAAUAGCACAAUAGACGACUGGCAGCAACAAUCAACUGCGAGCGAGAAAAAUGCAACGGGGGAAUCGCAAUCCGAACCUGCCCCUUCUGAACCGAUGGAUGCAGACGAACUUGGAAAUCAACCAGUCACGUGUGGUAACUGUGGUAAGGAGAUGCUUCAGUCGAGUUGGCAGGACCAUUGCGGAAUUCACAACGGGGCAACAUUUCGCGUCGGUAUCGAUACGCCGCUCGAUAUGAAAGAUGUGAAAGCGGUAUCAGGAGCGAUUGCACGAUUCAUGAAGCUACAGCGCCGUGCGGAGGUGGCAUGCGAACGAUGUGGGAUAGUAAAAAAAUCCGGCCUCGGUAUGGCAUCCCAUAUGAACCAGUGCGGACUGUCGGACCAGGAGCUGGAACAGAGCAAAAUGACCUGUGUACACUGCGGGCGGAAGAUGAAAGCGGUCAGCCUGUUAAUACACCAGCAGCAAUAUUGCCGAGUACUGAAGGAACAGCAGCGUCAGAUUGCCUUAACUACUCCAAUGGAGGAGCCGAUACCAACCAAAGAGACGACGGCAAGUGGUCGACGGAAACGGAAAUCGGUCGCCAAGGCUGAGAAGAAGAUUAAAACGAUUGCCAAAGAAACCAUCGAUGAGCUAAAUGGCGAGCUGGUGCUGGAAGUAUACGGGCGCGGUGUUAGCAAUGCCAUCAUGCAAUGUUGGUUGUCCCAUCUGAAACAAUCAAGCGAAGCCGUCUGCGCGUACUUAGGCUGCCCAUUCUUUGGCAUGACGUCCGCCCACAUGCAAACGGAGUACAAUGAUGACGCGGCGGAUCCGAAACCACUGUACCAGUGCGCCAAAUGUGCGUACAUGUCAACGAAUCAGGAUCCGAUAUAUGAACAUCUUUCGAUUGUUCAUCCGCAAACUUUGCGUAGGGUUGCCGAACAGCGGCACAUGAUGUCUAAUUUUACCAGCGACGGCGACUCCGAUGUAUGUAUGGUCAGCGGUAAUGAUAGUACCAGUGCGGAUGAUACAUUCAGCAGCAGUGCACUAGAGGAGGAAGAUGAAGGAAGGCCGGGUGGUAAAUCGAAAAAGGGCAAGGGAAAAAAGCAAACCAGUGCAUCAUCGAACAAAUCAAAAUCGAAAAAGAGUAAAAGCGAAAGUCCCAAAAGCAAUAGCAAGAAGAGCACUGGAAAGCAGACAGGAGGAAGUAAGGCGAUCUCAUCGGAGUUGUUAGACACUACAAUUGCUUCUGUCGGGACGGAGGAAACGGAAGUGUACAAAGAAAUGGUGCUCCAGGAGUCGAUCGAAUAUAAGCAGGGUAAGGGCAACUAUCAUCUCAUGACGGUGAACUGGACGCAAGAGUUUCGCCGGGAACACUAUGCGGUACGGUUGCUAUUCAGUGACCUUCGUCCGGAUGUGGAUAUAUCGUACCUGCGAGCGGUUAAUAACUUACGGGACUACCUCCCCAAAGCAACUCAGUCGUUGCGAUACGUGCAGUGCAACUCGAAACAGUACGAUCCGGUAUACGAACCGGAAAUGUUUGCAAACCGAUGGCAACAAUCGAACACAUUCGAAGGGGAAGCGCUUGGUUGUGAGUCGAUCUUUUACUGCGGUGGUCCGGUUGUAUCGAUCGAUUGGUUACCAUUGCCGGACGAUUGUGGGAACGAAUGUGAUCAAUUCCUGGCCGUAGCUUGCAAGCAGAGCUACGAUGAGUAUUACAACGGUGAAGAGCUGGCAAUACCCCGUUCGCGCAAGUCCCUAGUACAGAUCUGGAACGUUGGUCCCAUACAAAACCUUGGAACAACAAAGAUUACUCUACGCAGCCCUCGACUAGCGUUCGCCAUCGCAUGUGAAUAUGGUCCCAUCUGGCAGGUAGCCUUCUGUCCUAGCGGGUGCUACAAUGAUCCUGCCCAGGGAGACGAUCUGGACCGGUUAGGUCUGCUAGCGGUAGCUGGUUCCGAUGGAGACGUUCAUCUUUACGCACUGAGUCGUAGUAUGGCGGCAACGGAGAGCGACAAUAGUACCGCCGCGCCUCGAAUUUUACCUCUACAACCGGUGCUGCUCCUGUCGCUUAGUGUUACUGUUGGACCACAAAUCUCUCCUGCUUCAGAUUUUACCGGACGAAGUGUAGUACGCAUUACUUGGAGCCGCGAAAAGGGACACACCGUGUUGGCGGCCGGUUACUCGAAUGGUGUCGUCGCGGUAUGGAAUCUAGCCGCCACAUCGCCAUUGCUUUGCGGAAUGAAAAAUGGUAUCCGAACACUGCUGCCCGUACACAAAAUACUACAUUCGAGCAGCGGGUGCAUUACGGCACUGGAUCUACAUUACAGCGCCGGCUCAAGGUAUCUGGUCGUUUGUAAUGUCGAUCGACGGUUGAAGGUGUACGAUCUGCGCAGCAGUCUAUAUCAACCGCAAGAAUCGCUAAGUAUAAUAAUGCGCAGCCGAGUCGCUUCCGUGCGCUGGUUGCUACACUUUCCGGUGCUGGUGAUUGCGUACGAUGAUGCGCUGUACAUCGAUCGGUGUGCGUACAGUGUGCAUCAGCCGCGGGACAUUGGGUUGCGAAUGUUCAGUAUAUUUACGGUAGGCUCUGAAAUGACCGAUCUGGGCCCGAAUGAUUGGUAUAGCGUGAAUGCGGUAGCGACCAGUGGCGGAGAUUUGGUAUGUCACCGUCCGGUACCGUUCGUUUACGGCAUGAACUACAAAAAGUUAGCACAGAUUUUAACGACGACAAUCCCGAUGAAGUUAAACGCAAUCGACGAUUCUGUUGAUGUUUCGCGCUACAAAUCAUUCUCCCAAGAAUAUGGUCUCCUAUUUUCCGACACCGAUAAGGUUCCCACCGCUAUGGAUACGGCGGCGCUGCAUCUGAAAACGUGGCAUCGGGCCAAGUUCAAUCACUAUCCUGCAAUCCGGUUAAAUCAGAUCCGAUGGAAUCCGAACAGUUCCUCGUACAUGUACUACGCCAUCGGCUACCAGGCAGGGUUUGUGCGUGUACGGGUACUACGAACGUAGGGCGCACGAUUCGACUGUGUUCGUCGCUUCAUCCGGCGAUGCCAUUCCAAUGCAUUGUGUAUUUUUAUUUUAAUAAUAGACGAUGUUUAUUAUUAAAUGUAGUGUUUUAUGAUUUGCAGUUGUAAGAAAAAUAAAAAGUGGUUUGAUUCGA